AGGAAGCCAGAUCCUUAUUGGCAGAAUAAGUACUCCUGAAGAAGAUGGCCGUGGCGAGGAUGCUCUGAAAGUCUCCUGGCCAUCUAUCGAUCGGGUCUAUACUGACCGACAAACGAAAGCGCUUGCCCGUGACCGGUCCCGAGGUCUUCUGCAGCCGACCUAAAACCACCACCUGAUAAGUAAGUACACAAUAGAUAAGAAUAAGUAAAAGCCCUAACAGGAGUAUCCACAAAAACCACUCCUCAUUAUGCCACACAUCAGGUCACAACGCUGAUGUACGCUGUCGUAAUGGGGCGCAGUUUUCAAAUUAAUUCUGCGAACUGACCUUUAAAAAACUUUCUCGUGUUGCUUUGCGCAUGCUGUAUCUACACUUGAACACAACAACGCACGGCGCAGGUACAGCUGGAGAUUGGAGGUGGCGGCCCACCAAGAAGGCGAUAGAGUGGUCGCCCUCUUUUUUUGCAUCCAAAAACUCGUGCUAAUUGGGGGAAAAAGGGUCGGAGAAGAUAGCUAGUGGUCAAUCUAAUCUGGAAUUUGGUGGCUGCUGACCGACCGGUGCUUUACCGGCAGAAAAAAGGUAUAAAACCGUCAGGACUAAUGGGAGAGGGUGUCAUUUUUAGUUUGCAACUAAGUAUUCGUACAAGGCCACUUCUCCAACGGCGGUAAAACAGUGUGGUUUAAUAGGAUGCGUAAGCCUCACGCCAAAGGGUUUCUGUUCAUCGUGGCAAGAAUGUUGUCUCUAGUGUCGUUGCUCCUUAUCGCGUCGGCGAGUGGUCUUAGCCAGACGAAAACUGUACCACUUGAUUUCUGCUCGGAGUAUGAAGUGCUGCAUACUACUCCACCCUGCUGUGAGGCAACCUGCGACUAUGACUGCUGUCGCGUCGUCUGCCCGAAGAUGCUCGUCUACGAACCGACCUGCGUCUGUCUGGAAGGAUACGUAAGACACGAUGGACAGUGCAUUCCCAAGUCUCACUGUCCUGCGCAACCAGCAACCACGACCCCAGCACCGUGUCAAACUACUACUACUGCUGCUACUCCUCCACCACCCUGUACUACUACUACUCCUGCGCCCUGCACGGCUUCCAAGCCUCCUCCCUGUACGACAACGAAGCCACCCUGUCCCGCUACUACUACUAAGCCGCCCUGCUCGACGACCAACUUGCCGUACGUGCUGACGACCCCCAGAACAUACGGAUACACACCACCACCCCGUGUCAAGUACUCUCCGGUCACAUACGUUCCACCUCCACCAUCCCCCGCAUACCAAACACUGCCCCCGUAUCGGUAUCCCCCGGUGUUGUCUUCUUCGCGCGCUACACCCAAGGUCACAGCUUAUCAAACGGUGCCAACGCUUCGGCCCUGUGCCUCCACCAUGAAGCCUCCACCGUGUACAACGACAAAACCCCCCUGUCCUACUACACCUGCUCCAACGACUACACCCUGUCCACCACCGACAGGGACAACUCCUCCACCAACAAAAGCGCCCUGCUCUAAACCACCUCCAGCAGCAUCGUGUGCAGCCUGCGAGGAGCUCGUCUUUGUGCAGCCCUGCUGCGAACCAACGUGUGACUUUGACUGCUCGAACGCGGGCGCCUGUCCGCUGGUGCUGGUGGAGCAACCGACCUGUGCAUGUCGUCCUGGGCUGGUGCGCUAUCAGGGACACUGCAUAGAACCGGCCGCCUGUCCAAAGAGUGCGUCCCGCUAUCGGCUGUACGUUCCAGUUGCUGCACAGUGUCUCAAGUGUGGCAACAAAUAAGCAAUAAGCGCUUUAUGCGGCAGGGGGGGAGGUUAAGUUUGUAUAGUUACAAGGGAUAUUAUUAUUGAUCGAAGUAAAGUGUGACUGAUUUUAUAAUUUGA